CGCAACUCCGCCAGGACCCGAACCUAACAAUGGAUAUGAAUAUCGAAUCUUGGAUGAUAUCAAUCCACGGGCUCUCGUUCAUUCCUGGAGCAGUAUUGACAUCAUUCAUAAUAAGCAAAUAUGGUCGAAAACAUGCAAAUAUUACCAGCGUCAUUCUUAUCAUAAUAGGAUGGCUUUGUAAUUCUAUACUUCACAAUAUCAAUCUUAUUCUCGUGGGAAGAUUUUUACAGGGAGUAUCACUGGGCAUUUCAAGUAUGCUAUGCCCAUUGUUGCUCGGUGAAUACACUACACCGAAGUAUCGAGGCACUUUCAUAGCUUUGUCUGUAUCGUUAUUACUACUUGGAACUUUAAUAGUUCAUAAAUUAGGAUCUAUUAUAUCUUGGCAAGAGACAUCAUUGAUUUGUCUCGGAUUAGCUGUUUUACAUUUAAUACUGGCUAUAUUAUCACCAGAAACACCAGUAUUUUUAGCGACACGUGGAAGAUAUGAAGAGUGCAGGAAAGUAUUCUAUUGGCUAAGAUUUCACGAUGAAAAAGCAGAAUUAGAAGCUAUGAUUGAGAAUGCUUUAACCAAAGAAGCAGCUAAGGGCAACAGACAUACAGAUGAUAAAAUUAAAAAUAAAUUAUUACAAUUUACAACUGUUUUGAAGAAACCAAAAUUUUAUAAACCGUUGAUUUUAAUGCUGCAUUUAGAUGUAAUGCUGGUAUAUUCUGGACAUAUAAUGAUGGUUUCAUUAACAGUUGAUGUCUUCCGUAAAAUACUGGGUGACGAUGCUGAUGUAUCAUUGCACAUGUUGAUUACAGAUAUCUUGAAAAUGAUAUCAUCAUUCAGUGCAAUUAUUUUAAUUACAAAGUUUCGAAGACGUCUUAUGCUUCAACUAUUAGUUGCAUUAAAUAUUUUAGCAUUAAUACUUAUAAGUGCGUAUUUAUAUGCUGCAGAAACAGGUAUAUUACAAUAUCCAGUAUUAGGUGCUUUGUCUAUUUACUUGCUCUUAUUUGCAAUCUAUGCUGGACCGGUUCCAUUAGGAUGUACAAUUUCUGGUGAAAUAUUUCCUUUGGAAUACAAAAGAAUAUGUCCACUAAUAACAACUGUAUCGUCUUCAAUAUUUAUAACAAUAGAAAUGAAGAUGUAUCCCUACUUGCAAAAAAUUUCAGGUCUCCACGGAAUAUUUCUUAUAAAGAGUAUAGUUAUUACAUAUUGUUUGUUAGUUUCUUGCAAACUAAUGCCAGAGACAAGAAAUGAGACUCUACAAAAUAUAGAGAGCAUGUACAGUAAGAAACAGUUGUAUAAAAGACAGUCGAUAUCGCGAAAUGAAGAAUCAGUAAUUAUGAAAGUUGAAUCUUCUUAGUUAUUAUUUUAGUGCAAUUAUUAUACUUAGUAUACUUGAAGUGUUGUAUACCAUAAAACGUAGGAAGUUACAGUA